AUGACUGUACAGAUAAUUAUCAGCCUCGUCAUGUUCAUCGUUGUACUCCCAUUCUUUGUACUAUGGCGCGUUCCAAUAAGCUUUCUCUAUCUGAUCAAGAAAGAGAAGGAGGAGCCAAAGAAGUCAGACCAAGAAAAAGAAAAAGAGAGGGAAGAUGGGCAAGAGAAAGAUCACGACGAAGAGGAAGAACCAGAACUUCCGCCCCCAAAAGAUGCUCACGAGCGCGCCAUAAGUCACUUCAACAAAACCUGGAAAAAGUUCAGAGACCUUUCCAUAAACAAACCUGUCGUAACUUACUGGUCCCGCAUAGCUGCCGCCAUCCUCCUCGUAGUAGAAGCCAGUCUCUCCCUUGCGCUUCUCGAAAAGUCACUCGUCUAUCAUAUCCCCUGGUUCAUUGUACACAUCUCCAACAAGGAAUACAAGACUACUAAGAACAAAGAAUGGUGGAAUGACUUUUUGUUGCACGUAGCCGGCCUGACUAUCACGUGUGCACCUCUCGCUGGAUUGAUAGGAGUGGGAGUAGGAAUCAUGUAUUACAUGGUCAAGAUAACCAAGUAUGGGAAGUUCAAGAAAGGAGCUCGGAAGAAGAAGGGCGGCAGAGGGUAUGAUAAUCCGAAGGAAAAGUGCAAGGAUGCGAACGAAGAGGGACAUAAGGUCAAAGAAGCGAUUAUGGGGGUUGUGGAUCAUGUCAUACAUCCGCAUCUACCGCACCCGCAUCUACCUCAUCCGCACCUGCAUUUACAUCCGCACGCCGGACAUGAAGCCGGAAGAAUACAGCCAGAAGAUUCACCGUAUGGUUAUCCGGGAUACAGUGAGGAUAUCGUAUUCGAACAACCGGGAGACGGAUCGUAUGAGAACCACGAUUUCGUUCAGCCGCCACCGGUCGUCAUUCAACCUCCAGAAAAGACAGCCUGGUAUGACAAGAAUCCGUAUACAUUGGCUGGUAUUGCAUCGAUCUGGACUGGCAAAGAGGAGAAGACGAAGGCAGGAUACGAUGGAAGAUAUGUGAGGAGGCGGAACUUCGAAGAAGACAUCGAGAUGGCGAAUAGGGCAGGGAACAAGUGA